AUGACAACCGACGCCAACAGCCUAAACGAGGCCCAGCCCUCAGCGCUCCAGACCCUCCUCACAACAUCAUCCUCGCAAUCAUCGCAUCCGCAACACUUGACCAACCUCGCUAUCCAAAUCGCGCACAACCUCGAGCAUCAACAUCUAUGGACUGGUUUGCGCAUCCACCAUGUCUCUCCUAUCGACUCAACUCCCCUCCCGCGCCCGAUGGUCAGUGGCCUGCCACCACAACGACUAUACAUCCACCCGGACGAGCAGAUUGCGCUGUUGCAAACACAAAAGGCCAAAGGAAAGACCGGACUGGGCGAGGUCAAGACAGAAAGAGAAUGGGUGUUGCCCAGCCACUUGCGCGAAAAGUGGACGCUGAGGCGCUUCGCAGAAGUGUUUGAGAAGGUGGGCAUCAUGCCUCCGGCGAACGAGGAUGACGAUGAGGAUGAGGAAGAGCAGCAGGACAACAAGUGGAGGGACAAGAAGAGAGUCGUGUUGGCUACGGUAGACGACGACAGCACGAUCGUCUAUUACAUUGUUCACGAUGGAAUUAUCAAGCCUCGCCAAAAUUGA